ACUGCGGACACAGUACAGGGGAUGACCAGAGACUGCGGACACAGUACAGGAGAUGACCAGAGACUGCGGACACAGUACAGGAGAUGACCAGAGACUGCGGACAUAGUGCAGAUGACCAGAGACUGCGGACACAGUACAGGGAAUGACCAGAGACUGCGGACACAGUACAGGGGAUGACCAGAGACUGCGGACACAGUGCAGGAGAUGACCAGAGACUGCGGACAACAGUGCAGGGGAUGACCAGAGACUGCGGACACAGUGCAGGGAAUGACCAGAGACUGCGGACACAGUACAGGGAUGACCAGAGACUGCAGACAGUGCAGGGAAUGACCAGAGACUGCGGACAGUGCAGGAGAUGACCAGAGACUGCUGAC